GGUACUUCCCAAUGUGAGAUUGAUCACAUAACCAGAUUAAGAACAAACGGAAAAAAAGAGAGAGAGGAAAUAGAAACAAAAAGAAAAAAGUAAACAAAAAAAAAACCGAAAACCAGAUCACGAUGGACGACAACGACCGCUACCUAACCAUCUCGCCGCCGCCAACCCCCGCCUUCGACGACGACGGCGGCGGCGGCGGCGGUGGCACCUCCACCACCGACGGCUACCUGCGCGCCGCCCUCGAGGACAUCGUGACCAACUACCCCCCUCGCAGCCGCUACCCGCAGGAGGCGCUGCACGGCCUGUGGAGCGGCCCGACGGGCGUCGCCUACCUGCUGCUGACCGUUUCGGCGCGCCGCCCCGACCUGACGCUCCAGGGCCGCCCCGCCGCCGACUGGGCCCGCGCCUAUCUCGGCCCCGGCGGCUCGCGCGGCCACAACCUCCGCCUGGGCUCGCACGGCUGCGGCAUCGCUGACGAGAAGAUGGCGUACGAGGCGGUGCGGUGCGCCGCGGCGGCGGCGGCGGCGGCGGCGGCGGCGAAGGAAGGGGAGUCGUCGUCGUCGCCGGGGGGCCUGCGUGACAGCGUCCGCCGCUUCGUGGCCGAUUGCGCCGCGCAGGUGCUGGCCGUCGACGAGUACCCUGAUGAGAUGCUGUACGGGCGUGCCGGGGCGCUGUACCUGCUGCGCAUGGUGCGCGCCUGGGUCGGGGAGGCGAGCCGCGAGCUGGUGGACCCGGCCAUCGCCGAGAUCUCCAACACGAUCCUGAACCGCGGGCCCCGGUGGAGGUGGCACGGGCGCCGGUACCUAGGCGCCGUGCACGGGGACAUCGGCAUCGUCACCCAGCUGGUGCUGACGUCGCCCGAGCUCGCGGGGAGGCUGCAGCCCGUGCUGGAGCGGCUGCUGGACAUGCAGCUGCCCGAUGGGAACUGGCCCAGCUCCGAGGAGAGCGGCGCGCGCGGCAAGGGGCUGGUGCAGUUCUGCCACGGCGCGCCGGGCUUCGUGCUGUCGCUGACCGCGCUGCGCCCGCACUUCCCGGAGUUGCGCGACCGGAUCGACGCCGCCAUCGAGAGGGGGCGCGAGUGCAUCCGAAUGCAGGGGCUUCUGAAGAAGGAGCCGAGCUUGUGUCAUGGCAUAUUCGGGAACGCCCUAGCGCUGGCUCCGGGCCCGGAACGGGAGCGCUUUCUCGCCAUCGCCACGCCCGAGAGCGUUACUCGCAUGAAGCGCGCCGAUCCCUCCGUCUUUGAGCGCGCUGACUACGGGCGCUCCUAUGCGACCACGACCAGCUACGCGUCCUCGGCUGUCUGGGCGUGGCUUGUAUGGCGGGACGAAGAGCCCAAGAUGCUGGGAUACAAUGACGUCUAAUCCGUGGAGGCGCCGAGGGAGAAGAUGACGGCAUAAUGGAAUCUAAGGACGCAAGCAUUGCUAAUUCGUGUAAUGAAGGUUGACCCACGGAGUGCGAAUGUCAUUGCACGGUGAGAGUACGAUUAUCCAGGCUGCUGUUGUAUUUAAUUACUCCUCCAAUCACUUUGCCAUUUCCUCCGACCAAAUUGCCCUG